AUGUGGGAUAAAGAUUGUAUUUUUAGCCCCAAAUCUGCCCAAUCUGCCCAACCUGCUAGGAACCAGGCAGUCUCCGAACCCAGGAAGCUUAGCUACUCCCCGAAUCCCCUUGUAACAAGCUCUCAUUCGAGACAUCUUCAUCCGCAUCAUCAUAAAUUACCUAACCUGGGUCUCGGAGACCGUCUAGCCGAUUGCAAAGCGGUGCUUUGGUGCCCUGAUGACUACGUUUCUUAUGUUCAUGAUCUGGUUUGGAAGUCGUUUGUACCUUAUUGCUUGAACAGUUUCGGGCUUCAAACAUAUGUUUUUGUAGCCGGGUUCGACAGAGCUGUGCUUUCGCCUGCUGCCUCGCUGCACAGCAGUAGAACACAGGAGGAAAACAUGUCUCGCAGAAUUCCAACCAGGAUUGAACUGAAAGAGCGUGAAUGA